GCGGCGUCCAGGUGGAGGGCUUGAGGAGACGAAGUCGGUAUGGCGUUGGCGUUGGGGCCGGCAGGGCGAGCGCUGGCUAGCCCCGGACGACUCGGCCUUGGGGGCUGUGGGGCCCCAAGACGCGGGGCGUAUGAGUGGGGCGUCCGCUCCACGCGUAAGCCCGAGCCGCCUCCCCUUGACCGGGUGUACGAAAUCCCUGGAGUGGAGCCCAUCACCUAUGCUGGGAAGAUGCACUUCGUGCCUGGACUGGCGCGGCCGGUCUUCCCGCCCUGGGAUCCCGGUUGGAAGCAUCCGAAAUCCCGCCGAUUGACCCCGAUUCACGAGCACCCGCUGUACAAGGACCAGACCUGCCACACCUUCCACGCGGGCUGCCGCCUCCUCGAGGGUGUAAAGCAGGCCCUCUGGCUUACCAAGGCCAAGUUAAUUGAAGGCCUUCCUGAGAAAGUGCUUAGCCUUCUUGAUGACCCAAGGAACCACAUAGAGAACCAAGAUGAACGUGUUCUGAAUGUGAUCUCUCACGCCCGUCUCUGGCACUCCACUGAAGAUAUCCCCAAGAGACAGACAUAUUGCCCAGUCAUUGUGGACAGUCUGAUACAGCUGUGUAAAUCCCAGAUUUUAAAGCAUCCUGCUCUGGCCAGGCGGAUUUGUGCCAAAAACUACAGGUUAUCCACCACCUGGAACCGAGAGUCUCUUCUCCUUCAGGUCCAUGGUACUAGCGGAGCCCGGCUGAAUGCCAAGGAUCCUCUGCCCCCCAUCGCCUCCAGAGAGGAAGUUGAAGCUACUAAGGAUCAUGUUCUUGAGACCUUCUAUCCCAUAUCUCCCACUAUUGGUCUUCUGGAAUGCAAUGUUUAUGACGAGAAGGACGACACGGGAUUCCAGGAGGGUUAUCCUUACCCCUAUCCUCACACUCUCUAUUUGCUGGAGGCAGCCAAUUCCCGGCAAAACCGCUUCCAGCCAGAUCAGCUGAGGGCCAAGAUGAUCCUGUUCGCCUUUGGCAAUGCCCUGGUCCAGGCCCGGCUCCUCUAUGGGAAUGAUGCUAAGGUUUUGGAGCAGCCGAUAGUGGUGCAGAGUGUGGGUACCGAUGGACGUGUCUUCCAGUUCCUGGUGUUACAGCUGAACACCACAGAUCUGGCCUCUGAUGAGGGCGUCAAGAAUCUGGUCUGGAUGGACUCAGACCAGCUCCUCUAUCAGCAUUUUUGGUGUCUCCCAGUGAUCAAAAAGAAGGUGGUGGUGGUAAGUCUAGCCAUCUCCAGACUAUGGUUGGAGCAGGGGCGUGACUUACCCUGCGUAGGGUGAGCAGGGAUGGGGUUGAGGGGGUGAUCGUGCAUGGGACCCUGGCUUUAGGAGCUUGGUGCUCAGGACUUCUGACUGGAGGGCUCCUUCAGCCCUGUCCAUCCCCUAAAACAAGACCUUCCACUCCGGGCCCUGCCCAGCUGUUCACUGAACUCCCUUCCCCCUUCCCUCAGCACCCACCAUGCCCAGCUCCUCACACCUUCCCAGUGUGCCCUGUGCUUAAAUAGCUCAGGAUCCUGGUAGAUGCUGCAA